GUCGUUGGUUGUCAUAAAGGCUGAGCUGCUCACCAUGGUCUCUCUGUGGUUUGUCUCAGAUUCUUCUCCCACAGAGAGAGGCAUUGAACACGUCGACUCUGACCUUUCUCGUGAGAAAGGUCUUUCUAGUACCAGUGUAGCAAAGGAAUCAUAAGAUUUGAUAAACUGAAGACAGUUGGAUUAGCAGGAAAGAGAAGAGGCGCCUCCUCUGCCAGCCACGAUGAAGGAAGCAUCGGAGCCUCUAGCCAGUGUCACCAGCAUCAAUAAGCAAGACAGUAAAGUACAGGAUGGAGAAAUAAGAAAAGAAAAACUUGGAACCAUCACUCCAUCGAAACAGCAUUCUUCAGUCCACUUCUUCCCAAAGAUAAUGGAUUCAGACUCCACCACGCUCAUCCCGCUGUCCCGCUCAUUUUCCCAAGAAAUGCCAAUCAGCUUCUACCAGAUCCCCAGCACCCAGAACAGCUCCACCUUAUCGUCCAGAGGACAGCUGGCUUCUAAAUCCACCAUCCUGAGCUGCUCCCAUAAAGACAGCAGCCUGGGAAAGCAGAGCACCAGCUCCAUGGUUCCCAGGAGGCAGCCCCAGUCGAGCUCUGACAUGGAUGCGUAUGCUUUUGGGAAUGGUGAGGAUUACUUCCUCUCUUUGUUUGGAGAAUCGAAGAGGCUCACCGCCCAGACACCCCAAGGCGAGAAUGUGAGCAAACACCUUUCUGUGAUCCUUGAGGAAGUCGGCCAAUUUACAUCCAGUUCUCUCGGAGAGAUUAAAAUAGCUGAGGUAAAUGUCAAGGGCCUCUUUGUGAGGCUUGUCAACUCCUCCAGUGAAAAGGAAGUGGAGAUUGGAAACCACAUUCUGCAACAAAACGUGAAUGGACACGCAGUCUCCUUGUACCAGUUCCCCGACAACAUCACACUGCAGGCCAACUCCACUGUGACUGUGUGGGCAGCAGCUUCGGAAGCAAAGCCACAGCCACCAAUGGAUUUUGUUUGGGAGGAACAGAGCAAGUUCCGAUCCAGUCCGGACUGCACGACCAUCUUGUGCAAGCCCAAUGGUGAGGCCGUUGCCUGGUACACUCCUAUCCACUGGAAGCAAGCCUGGGAGAAGUUAGAGACUGACAUUGAAUUCGAAAGAUGCUCAGUGGUGGUUCCAUCAACGAGAAACCACAUGUUUGGAUGGAUAACGGCAUCUGUCUCUUCCACAAAUGAGGAGAAAGAAGAACUGAUACAGAAAACGCCCUCCCAAGUCCACCCUGUUCUCUACAGAGAAAAGGAAAUCCCGCCAAGUGUCUUACCCAAUAAGAGCCCCUGGUGCCGAAAUCCCAACACCUCUCCACAUCCAUACAGCUCUCUGAUUGACUCACAUGACUCGGACAUUCCCGAAAGCAGUUUAGGUGCACAGCUCAAGCCUCAGCCAACCAAGCCCAAACCAGACCCAGGGACCAAGAAAAAAAAAGCAAAGUCAUAAGAAAAUGGAAAGCCAUGAAAUCUGUGAACCCUCCAAAGCAAAGUAUCAGCUUCCACAGUUCUCCAGUCGCCACAUCUCCACCAUCUGUUCGCUACAAUGUUGCUGUCGGCUGCCUUUGCUGCUGCAUCAUGGUACACUGUGUGGGAAGAGCGAAGGGGCCAGCAUGCUGGGCUCUGCUCAUGCUGGUGAAAGACAUUACAUGGUUUAAAGAUAACAUAACGCCAGGGAGUAUCAGCACUCUCUCAUCCAACAGAGGAGACCAGAGCCUAGGCACUCUCUUGCCUAGCUAUUACAGAAGCCUCAGCCUAUCCCAGGAGGGAAAACAAACUUGCUC